AUGGACUGGAGUGAGAGAGACCAAAAGCAGCAACAACGACUGCCAUGCCAAAACAAGGACUGGCAGAUCAUCUGGACACACGCUCCUGCUCAGAUGGACGGAGACUUCGAUAAGCUUGGUCACGUCCUCUACCUGGCUGGCAAGACUCUCGAGGUGGUCGUGCUGUUCCGAGACGCUCUCAGCAUCCUAUGCUCUUGCACCAUCAAGCGUCGCUUCCGCCCCUGGAACGUGCAGGCCAAGACCCUCCGCACGAGCGCGCUCGACUUAGCAGCGCAGCUCCGACGCCUAGACAAGAGGAGCUACGUGUGCCUCGACUACAACGAGAUCGCGACCGGCAAGGGGGUCGAGGCGCUGGACGAGCUGCUCUACGACGGGCAUGCGCCGGCGUCGGGCAGUCUCGGGCGGUCUAUACAGGGAGCGCUGAGGCGGCCGAGACAAGCGCCGUCGCCCAGGACGUGCGCGAGCUUCGUGUGCGAGGCGCCGUCAGAGGGACGGAGGUACAGGAUGUCGGAGAGGCAUUGCGCGGACGCCAAGGAGCUACACGACGCGCUAGAGGAGCUGAGACGGGCUUGCCCGAACAAGGUCGAAGCAGACCUGACGAGGUAUGGUGGGGAGGGGCAGGGCUAG